UUAGGCUCGGAGCUAAAACGUCGACGGUUCGAGUUAAGCUAAUCGUCGAUCUAAAACUUUGGGGCUCGAUUAAACAACCUCUCCGACGUGGUGGGAUUUGGGCUGGAACGGUGACUGAGAUCCGGGACUUGGCGGCUUCAACCUAGGAUCUCCCUUCCUCGGACGCGGUGGCUGGUUUGAUGGCAGCCACGGCCGGUGCCCGGAGGUUACCGAUGGGUGUGCGGACAUUCAGCGACUUUCUCCAGAUUGCCUCCGUGGGCUCUCCUCGCACGUGUCGUCCAGUGGUGCAAAGAGGAUGCCCAAAACAAAACAUCAGACACCUGUCGUCGUGUGGCAUUUUGAUGACCAGAACUCCCAAGCUGCUUUGUGUUCAAGAAUGGGACGCGAUGGCGGCGGCGGCUCCUCAAAGCAGAAACUUCAUCAGCCUCACCAACAAGAGGAAGGAAUACUCAGAGCGCAGGAUACUUGGGUAUUCUAUGCAGGAAAUGUACGAUGUGGUGGCCAAUGUUGACGACUACAAGCUGUUUGUGCCUUGGUGUAAGAAGUCCCAGACCAUCAUGAAAAGAGCAGGUCACUCCAAAGCCCAGCUUGAAGUGGGAUUCCCUCCUGUGGUAGAGAGAUAUACCUCCAUGAUCACUUGUGUUAGGCCUCACCUAGUCAAAGCAGUGUGCACUGAUGGAAAACUGUUCAAUCAUCUGGAGACGAUUUGGCGCUUCAGUCCCGGCAUUCCUGGUUACCCUCGCACCUGCACUGUAGACUUUUCUGUAAGUAGUCUGCUUCUUGGAAGGGAUUACAGAGUAGUUCUCUUCUUAAAAUAUCCUUUGAGUUCCGCUCCUUGCUGCACUCCCAGUUAGCUACCAUGUUCUUUGACGAGGUUGUGAAGCAGAACGUCGCUGCGUUCGAGCGGCGAGCCGGCAAGCUUUACGGUCCAGAGACUCGAAUCCCCCGAGAGCUGAUGUUUCAUGAGGUCCAUCAGACGUGAUAUCAGCGACCGCCUGCCCCCCUCCCCUUCAUCUGGCCUUAAUCCAUACCAGCUUUCAUCCUCUUGACCCACUCAGACCUGCAUGAUCCAAAUUAGUCCAGCCCUCGCAGAAGUCGCUAUACACAAAUAGCGGUAAUCGAGGAGUCCCAACUCUUGUAAGUUGGAAUUCCUGCUCCGACAAGUUCCUGCUGAUCUCUGCUCUCGUGUAUAGCGGCGUCCACUCUUGUCAGCCUCCUCCCUGUUUAGCAGAAGCGGCCAUUAUUCUCGCUCUGUUGCAGUUACAUGCUGUAUUUAUGUAAGCAAAUCAGUAAAUCAAUACAACAUCAAAUUUCUAGUGUUAGCUGAUUGUUAUUUAAAUGGAACACUUGCAAAUUAUUAUUUUUCUACUAAGACACAGAGGCCCCCUCUGGCUUGGACCUAUUCUCAGGUUUCAUAGGUUACUUUGACCUGAUCAUAAUGUGCUUGCGACACAUCAGCAUGUCCGCCUCGGCACUGGGAUCAGCUGGACAUACUACAUUCUUCUCUUUUCCUUUUACCGUUUGCUCUUCAGUUGUUAUUAUUGUUUGAAAGCAAGUAGAGCUUCUGCUGCGCAACAUUUUCAUGAUAUUUUUAAUUUAUUCAGAGGUGGAUAUAUGUUUUAUCUAGGCUUGUUAAUGGUGCCAUGUUUUUUUUGGAACGCCAAGCGUGCUUCUCACUGUGACAGUAUUAAUGCUUUCAUCGUUUCUUCACUGGCAAAUUUGGUCUCAUUUGAACCAUUUGGGAGGUUUAGCUUUAAACUCAUCUGUCGUGCUGUGAUGAUUGUAAUUUUAAAUGCUGAGACCUAUCCUACCACCUGUCAUAAUGCCUUAUUUUACAGCCCCAGUUCAAGAAACUAUCAGCUAUUUGAAGCCAAUUAAACUUUGCACAAAACCCCCUGAAUAGUCAUGAAAACGCUGGAACGUUCUGUCAAAAAAUGGCAGCUGACGGGACCCGACCCAGCCGACAGUUUAUGUAAGAAAGACGGCUUUAUUUUUGAUAUAUUUUAUGGUCGAGAUUCAUAAAGAAAUGGAAGACGGCACUUUAUGGUGAUCACUUUUGAUGCUGCUGAGAGUUUAGAGGAGAAACACUUUGUGUGCCCAACAAAUGUUCUAUUCCAAGUCAUCUAUUUGUAUGUUUUUGUGGUCCAUAUUUUGGAGGCUCUCAGGAGAACGAUGCUCUCCUUUUGUGUAAGUUUUCAUUAUAAAAUGUGCAUGUGGGCUGUAGAAUAAACCAUUACACAUA